AUGGGUUAAUGGUUGGACUAGAUGAUCUUAGUGGUCUUUCCAACCUUAAUGAUUCUAUGAUUUCAAAGCAUUUCCUUGAUCUUUGGAAUAAAUACAGGAGGCAAAAGGUAUGCUGCAAUUACUGAGAUCUAACCAUCCCCGUAGGAGAAAACUAGAUUUUAUGUGUGCACAUACUUUUCAGAGCUUUAGCAUUUUGUAUUACAGGGUAAGGGGAGAAGGAAUGACUUGGAAAAGAAGUGUAAGCAUACAGAAGUAAAAAUCUGGAGAACGUGGGAGAGGUACUUAGAGGCAGCAGAGACUGGAGGAAGCUGGGAACUUGUCACCAAAAUGUUGGACCUGAUCUGAGAUACUUUGGGGAAACUGCUUGCGAGAAGAAGCCUUGGGCACUGAUAAAUGACUAAAGGUGAACUGAGAUGUUGAACUGUAGGAAAACAUGUUCCAUUUGCCUUUUUAAUUAUUCAACGUGAUGAUGACCACCAUCAUAUUAUCAUCAUCACUGUAUCAUUUAUUAUUGUUAUUAAUUUGUUCCCAAACAGGGGGUUGUCACCUGCUUCUUAUGAAUUGUCACAAGCUCCAAGGGUAUUUUGUGCUCUGGAAUAAAAACAGCACAAACUGGGUUGAACAAGGUGCAUCCCUUCAGCCAAGCCACUCAUAUCCAUUGAGACUGCAGCAUAACAUUAGCAUUAUCUCAGUGAUGUGGACCAGGGUUGUAUGAGAUGCACUGAAGGUUUUGGGUGGCUGAAGCAGACAGGUACUCCUUGAUGCCUUCUCUGGCAAAUCAUUGAUCUUUGCAUCACUGCCGGCCAAUCACAGUCUGUACCAAGCAGCUGGGAGUAGACUUGGAGUUUGUACCCUAUUUUGUAUGCAACUUCAGGAUAAGGUAUAUUCAAGAUACUAUUUUGCCCCAUGAAUAGAAUUUGGCUUACAGCCAUAGCAGAGACUCGGUUCAAGGUUAAUCAGAAAUGCCAUAAAACACCUUGCAUAAUGAACCUGUGAGUUUCAGCUGGCAAAUCACCUGGAAAAUUCACACCAAACUCUUGAAUAAAGGAGGGAGCUUUCUCUACCCAUGACCUUGCAAAGCACCUCUGGAAAAACCCAUUUUCAACACACAUCCUGGCUCCACCCCUUGACGAUCCAGCUUGAACUCCUGGUUGAGAAAUCCAAUAAAAACGUAUUAUGGCCAACUUUCCCUGCCUGGAGACUAUAUAUAAAUCACCCACAGUCACAACUUCAGAUUGUAGCAGGGGCAUUUGAAAAUCCUCUACAGUUUUGGGGCUGCAAGCAGCACCACGUGAAUAAACCUAUUUGUGUGCUUCUCUUUCACACGGUAAGCAAGAGCUCAUCCCUCAAAGUCCUCCCUGCGAUGCUGCUGCUGCUGCUGCUGCAGAUCUCACUGAGCUGCCUCUGGCUGGGACGUGGUGAGGUGGUGACAUUCUUUGAAAGUUCAUGCCCUCAGUUUUUCUUCCGGGAAACCCCCCCAAAUGAAGCCCUGGAACCAGAGAGCCCAGCCUGGAUCUGUCAGCGUUACAAGAAUCAGUAUUAUUUUGCCACCUUGUAUGACAGGAGCAGGCGUAUUCCCGUGUAUUCUGCUUACCUGUACCAACCUGGAUCUGGCACAAGACCCAAAACCUGGCUGGUGGAACCCCAGCUGAUGGGCCUGAGUUAUCCCAAAACAAUGGAAAGAGAAUGGACACUCACAAAAUAUUACAACGUCACUUCAGAGCAGAUUGGCAAGAGCCAAGCUAUCCUCCAGGAUUACAAGAACCUGACGGGUUUGAACCGUGGCCAUUUGAACCCCAGUGGACAUCACUCUGACUCCAGCAGCAGGACGGCAACCUUCAGCCUCACCAACAUCGUGGCCCAGGAUGAGAAACUCAACGGUGGUGCCUGGAACAACUAUGAGCAGCAAACCAUGAUGAGGAGGACGGUGGGGUGUAACACAACCUACGUCGUGGUGGGUGCUGUGCCUGGGAACAACUAUAUUGCCAAGGGCAGAGUGAAUAAGCCCAGCCACAUCUGGUCGAGCGCUUGCUGUGAGGUGGACGAAAGCCACAGGGAGGCUUGGGGGGUCAUUGCUGAGAAUGACAAGAAUGAGGUACAGCUCCUCACGCUGGGGGAGCUGGAGGAGGUGUUGACCCACCUUUAUGGGAGGGAUCAGGUUUAUCUGUUUGAUAGUGACUGUCCUAGGGAAUAAGCCCUGUUUCACAUCAUAGGUAUCCUAUCAUACCCACCAGCAUUUGUCCUACUUUCUUCUCUAGGGGUUUUCCAGUUGCACUCAGAGCCUCUUCUUUGAAAAUAAAAGGAAGAGGCCAGUAGAGCCUCUGGCUCAUUUGCUUUCCUACUCUGCUGCCCACCCUUGCAAUGAUGGUUCUGGGAUGAGUCCCUGAAAGCUCUGGAGGGACAGUCUGGAUACCAGUCUGUGGGUAAGGAAUCAGUUUGUCCUUAAGACUAGAGACAUACUGCUUUUUGUUCCUCCCUGUUUCUCCAUGCCCACAUACAGACUGUGGUUCCUUACCCUCUUUCAUUCAACAUUGCUGUUAACAUGCUGUUGAUUUACCCAUUGCCUCCUCAGGAAAGUUCCCAGGCAAGGUUGGCUCAGAUAAUCCAUGGAUUAUCCAGAUUCCUCCUUGGAGAUACUCAAAAUCCAUCUGGACCUUGUAAUGGACAACCUGCUCUGGCUGACUUGCCUGACACAGCCAAUGGCAAAGGCAAAGAGCAGACAGAGAGAGGAAAGUGGAAAGGAGGAAGGCUAGUAAGCAUGGGAAGAACAUCGCAGCUCUGUUGAGCUCUGUAAAUAAGUAAAAUAAGGAAGGAGAUAACCUGCAUCUAAUCUCUAAACUCCCUAACCCUGAGUUUACAUGAAGGCCAUGCUUAUGUAAAUUUACUAGAACAUUUUUGUUUGCUUGGUUUUGGAUCAUGUACCUUGAGAGCAAGAGCAGAGGUAUCAAGCAGCUGGGCUUAGGGAUCAGAUAUACAGCAGACUUUGACCAACUAAAGAUAAAUUUCUGUAAUGCAGUGGGAUAACUUCAUUCUCUGCCCUACUUUUGAACCUUUUCUGCAGAUUUAUAUAUGAUUGAUUUUUUUUUUCCGUUGUAAAAUGUAUUCAGUGGGUAUAAAAGUUCAAUAUAUGCUGUAUAAUUUUGUUCCUGAGUUGUUUAUGAUAUAAAUUAUUUGCUCCAGUGUUAAAUCCUAGAAUUGCUUUCCACUGAAAUUUCCACUUCUAGUAAUGCCUUAGUUUGUAAGGCUUCUUUGCCAGAGGUAGGCUGUCCAAACCCAAUCUGAAAAUACCAUAACACCUAUCAUCACACUAUCACUACUUCACAGAAACACAGAAUCACAGAAUGGCCAGGGUUGGGAGGGACCUCAAGGAUCAGGAAUCUCCAACCUCCCUGCCUCACACAGGGCCACCAACCCCCACGUUUAAUACCAGACCAGGCUGCCCAGGGCCCCAUCCAGUCUGGCCUUGAACACCUCCAGGGAUGGACGGGGCAUCCACCACCUCUCUGGGCAGCCUGUUCCAGCACCUCUCCACUCUCUUCCCCCUGACAUUCAACCUAAAUCUUCCCUCCCUCAACUUCAAACCAUUUCCCCUUGUCCUGCACUUAUCUACCCUUUCCAAGAGAUGGUUCCCCUCCUGUUUGUAGGCUCCCUUUAGGUACAAUGAGGUCACCCUGCAGCCUUCUUUUCUCCGGGCUGAACAAGCCCCGCUCCCUCAGCCUGUCUUUGUAGGGGAGGUGCUCCAGUCCCCUGAUGGUCUUCGUGGCUCUGCUCUGGCCCUCUCCACCACCUGUCCUUCCUGUACUGGGGGCUCCAGACCUGGACGCAGUACUCCAGAUGGGGCCUCACAAGAGCAGAGUAGAGGGGGACAGUCACCUCCCUGUCCCUGCUGGCCACCCCUCUGCUGAUGGAGCCCAGGAUACCAUUUGCUUUCCAACUGCAAGAGCACACUGCUGGCUCAUGUUCAGUUUUUCAUCCAUCAGGACCCCCAGGUCCUUCUCUGCAGGGCUGCUCUCAGGGACUGCUCCUUCCAGUCUGUGUAGAUACCUGGGAUUCCUCUGGCCCAAGUGCAAAGCCUUGCACUUUGCUAUGUUAAACCUCAUUAGGUUCACCCGAGCCCACUAUUCAACCUUUUGAGGUCCUUCUGAACGGCAUCCUUCCCUUCCACCGUGUCAACUGCUCCACUCAGCUUGGUUACUUCUUCUAUAAACUGUCCUCUACCAAGAUGAUCAUGGUGCAAACUGCACAUACAAUCUGUCUCACUUACUAAGAUAGCAGCUUGACCCUGAAUUUCUCAGCUCCUGAGCAGCUCAGCUCCAGUGCUAUUGGACUGUUGUGACUCCAGAGCUGACCCUGUGUCCGUAGUCUUCUGGCAUCUCUGCCACAUGCUCCAUUGCUCACUGCAGAAAUGUUCCAUUAGCUGUGUCACCUUCCCUUUCACAUGGUUCAUUAACCUGCCAGAUCUCAUCACUCACCCAGGACACACUUCUUUGAAGGCUGCAUAGAAGCAAUGGGGGCAGGACCUCGAGGCUAUCUCCAGUGGUACCUGGGCACCUGAGCACAUGCGGCCAGGUCCCACCCAAGUGGCAUCAUGGACAUCUGCUCCUGUCAUCUCCAGAGCCAUUCUGGGAGCAAAAAUAGCACCAGUAUUUGCUCAGUAAGGUAGGAGAACAUUUCUAGGGAACAAAAUUAGGGGCACCACUCAUAUCCCCCUUUCUUUGUAGAUCCAUAUGGACUCAGGUCUCCUGCCCUAACAUUUCAAACUGUCAGGAGUUGUUUCAGGUUCCUGAAUACAUGGAGCACUGGACUGGGACUGAGACUGCUUUAUGAAGUUUCCAAUCCAUGAAAUGAAAACAGAAUUAUUUUCAUUUUACUGUGCACUGUGUCCUAGAGCUGAAACAGAUAGUACAACAACUUUCAGUUUUACUGUUUUCCUCAUCUGCCGCACUAGGACAGAUAUUUUUUUAAGGACUGGGGGAGUUUCAACAGUACAAAAACAAUAUAAAAAAAAAAGAGAGAGAAACCUUUGGUUUUGAGCAAAGAGAGCUGGAAAACAGGACUACCCGUGCACAGGAAAUUUUGUCAUUUCAAAAUGUGGUUUCAAUCUGAAUCACAACAAAACCCCAGAAGUUUCCAAAUUCCCCUUUAAAUGGAAAUUCUGAAAGUUUGAGCCUGGAAAUGCUGAAGCAGGGUGUUUCUGAUACCUCCUCCUGCCCUAGACAUGCUAAAAGAAAGUGACAUUCUCAUCAGCUUGUGGCAGCACCGCGACCUGCUUCCCUGAGGAUGUGGAAGGCUUUCUGGGGACAUCUACAGUGACAUUAUUCAGGAGCAUCUCCAAGGGUCACCAAGCUCUGAGCAUUAUUCUGGCAGCACUCAUCCCAGAUGGACUUUUUUGGGCACUGCACAGCUGGUUUGCAACUCAAGUAUGCAGCCAAGCGAUUGAAGGAGUGGUGUCAGGAAGGUGAGGGAAGAUGUAGGCUGUUGGCGAGAUAGAAGACUCAAUUUCAGGUCUUGCAAAUGGGUGAAACCAUUUAUGCAGAAAUGCUCGUAGAGCUCUGUGUAGUGGUACCACUCUGCCCUGCAGCCAAAGACUUCAUCCUUCUCCCAUAUGGACCUAUCCAUAGUUGAGGCAAAAUCAUUGGAGCUUCUCCAGAAUAAUAUUUAGCAUGGAUAAAAAUGCUGCAGCUUUAAAAGUAAAAUCUAUCUGGGAAAUAUCUUCCCUGAAUUUCUUCUACAUAAAAACCAAUGGAGAAAAUAGGGAAUUAGUGACCUGGAAAUGACUGAUGGAGCUGGUGUUGCUGGAGUCCUGAGUUCUUUGCUCAUAUGCUUUCAUAGUCCCUAGACAAGCAUAUAUUGGCCCUGACAAACAUUUAUUCCUAUAGAAGUAAAAAUGAAUGUAAAAAGAGUGGGUAACUGAAAUGUUAAGAGUGUGACUGAGAGGCGGACCUGUACUAUUCACUGCCUUCCUGCACUCAGAUUACAUCUUUUAAAUUGUCUGAGAUAUGGACCAUUUUUGGCUGCUAAUGGUACCUGUGCAUGACGUCCCCACCUCUUGUGUUUUCAUUUCUCAUUGCAGCCAAAAGAAUCGUGCUUGAAUUUGAACUUGAGAAAUUAUUUUGUCUUUGGGUGGUAGCAGAUGCUUUCAGCAGUGCCUUUAGAGAGGUGAAUGACAUAUUCUGAAAGUCUCAGUUACUUCUGGGUCUGGGUCUCAGCUCACUGCUUGGGCAUCUUUAAGUAGGCAUCCACAUGUGGGGGUAAUUCUGCAGGAUGGGCUGAGUUGUGCUGCUUGGCUUCCAGCUGUCAGUGCAGAACCUCUGAUAGAUCCUGUGCUGUGGCAUCUAUCCCUGUGUGGAUGCCUCUGACAACACUGAGUGUAUCAGACCCUGGCAUAUUUUUCUGUUUAGGGAAUCAGAUCACACUGUAGGUGUUUCCAUUGAGCUCCUGUCUGAGCACCCCAUAUUGUCGAUGAGGAUCUUUUUGAUGCUGUCUGGAAAACCAUUCAGCCUGGUUGGACUUCUGCAUUUAAUAGCUGAAUCUCUCUGGACUCCCCUUUUCUCCACUGUGAUGGGACAAACUCAGACUGAGACAUAGAAUCAUGGAAUCAUUAUGGUUGGAAAAGACCUCUAAGAUCAUCUAGUAAAAUCAUAAUCUACAUGAAGGCACAUGCAAUGGCAGUGUGCAAGAUUACUUUUUGCUACAGACUUCAGGAAAACCAAGUUUUCCGACACCUGAGUAUAUAUACGAAACAGAAGUAUAUGUUUUUUCACUCCUGUGUGAGGGUUGGGGAGCUUCACUGCCUCUAGGCUGUACAAAUCUACUCACUGUUCACCUUAUCUGUGUUGUCAGAGAUCCUCCUGUGUAGAACUUUUUAGUUUCCUGCUGCAUUUUAAAGGUUAGGUGUAGCAGUCCACCCAUGAUGUGAGCUUUAGACAGACCUCUAGAAUAAACCUUUAUAUCAUGUUCCCGAUUUCUUCAUACUUCUCAUUCAAAGUAAUACAGACAGACAAGACAAAACAAGAGAGCAACCAUGGCCAAAUAACCAGGAGAUCUUGAUGCUGCAGCCUCUGGCAAAGUUAGCAAUAUCCUUCCUUCCCUUCCUUUAUCACACUACAUUAUUCCUCCUCCUCAUUAUGUGCUCCACAGCUGCCAGCAGAGUAAUGGAAAACAAAUCUUGGAUUUUUCAAAGUUCAGCUCACACGGAAUUACAAAAUCAGAGAAUCGUGGUGGUUGGUAGACAUAACAAGAAGGACUAGCUGCAUUCAAACACCCAGAAUAAUUUAUUGUUACAGUUUGUUGAUCAUUCCAUGCUGAGAAAAUCAAGUUUACCAAAUAAAAGUAUCAAACACCACACCUCAUGUGAAAUAAAUGGAGAAAGCAUUGGAGAAAGGCUAUGGAGAAAGCAAGACAGUGAUGGUUUGGCCACAGCCUCCUUCAAUGGUGGAUUUUGCUUCCAGGCUGCACCCUAUUGAUUUCCUCUGUGUGUCGCACUGAAGGAUCGAGCCUCCAAUACAAACAUUUCCCCACAGGGCCAACAAGCUCCACCAGGAGGUGAAGGACAGCUUGUCUGAGACUUAUGGCUUUCUGAUGAAGUACAUAUGCAGCUCCCAUGCUGGACAUCACCUGAGUUCUGACCCUUUGUAGACAUUAAUAGCUAAGAUAAUUGAAUUCUGUAAUAUUUCUCCAGUAUGUAUGGCUUACAGGUACCAUGCCAGCAAUAUAUCUCCCUUGAUUGCCAAGAAACAAAGACAAAAUAUGGAGAGAGAGCCCAUGAAGCAACCUGGCUAGAGAAAGUAGAAUAAGUCAUCAGAGCAAUGGGUGACAUGACUCAUUUUCUGUGUAACUGGCUAAAAAUGUACGUGCUAGAAGCAGGUAAAAUAUUAGCUUUCUGCAGUAAACUGCCAUGAGUGGGACAAGUCAUGCCCACCUAAUUGCAGUGCUUAACAUAGUUAUGUUAACAGUAACUAAUGUGCAUUAAACAAAGGAAACAGGAGAGCUCAGUAUCAUUGCUUGCACACUUCAGAGCAGCUGGCAGGUUUGAAAAGAUAUUAUCUGUUGCAUAAAUACAGAUUGCUGUUUGCUCCCAUACAAUAUAGCAGUGUGUAAUAGACUGUCAUGUAUUUAUAAAGAUACAUAUUACAAAUCAGUCCUGUUCCAACAGGAAUAAAGCUAUGGAAAGUAUAAAUGUCAAAGCUAUGGAGUGAGAAAAACUCAACAGGAAUACAACUCAUAGAAGUAAUGACAUGCACUCUAUUACAAAAUAGAAAACCAAACUAACAUGUCAUGCCCACCGAAUUAGAAGGGAUUAAUCCUGUUUGGUUCUUGACAUAACAUGUAAGCAUCUACAGGUAAUCUGGUCAAUUUGGGCAUCAUUUAGAGUCAGUGAAGAGAAACAAGUGCCUUUAAACACUGAGGGAUUUGGUCUACAUAUGGGCACACAUGUGUAUAUCUAUAUGUACAACUACGUACAUAUAGAUGUACAGUUACAUAUACAUAUGUGUAUAUAUGUGCAGUAUAUGUGUAUGUAGAUACAUAUGACAUAAAUAAAUAACUAUAGGCAUACAUAUACAUAUAGGCAAUAGGGUGAGAUAAAUAUGUUCCUCUAAGGAACUUGUUCCUUCCCAUUGUUUGUCUCAUAUUUGUUUGUAUUUUCUCAGUUGAACUCUAUCAUACCAGGCAGAAUGAAGAAGAAGCAGAGGUCUAUUCAAACCUCAUAAAUUCCCAAUAAAGUAGGUAUAUAUCAAAUACUGCACAUGCUGAAGUCAUGCUUUAAUCUGUCCUCAGAUGCCUUUGCACUAGGCUUUUUGAUGCUCUGCAAGUAUAAAAGGAACUGCCAAAUUAAUCUUGUGCCUCCUCUGCUCUGGAGCAAUACUGGAAUGGAAUGGGAUGGAAUGGAAUGAGACGGGAUGGAACGGAAUGGAAUAGAAUAGCAUAGCAUGACAUAGCAUAGCAUAGCACAGCAUGGCCUGGGUGAAAUCAGGCUUCCAGCAUCUCUUUGUAGAAAAAGUGGUGUGUGAUCUGUAGGGACAGUACUACCAUCUAAUGUGCUUGGGUGAUCAGUCCAUUUGUCCACCUGGUCACUUACAUGAGGUUGUAAUGUCAGAGUACUAUAAUUGCUGUACUGUAGAAGUGUUUCUGGGAGGCAGCUUCAGGCAGGACUCUUCCCUCAUCUCAGUGAUGGAGUGCAUUCCCUCCAUCUGUCCUCUGCAGAUGAAAAGUCACCCUGCUGUCCUAAGAAUUAGGCUGUGAUAUUUUGUGCCACCUUCUCACAUUGGAUGUUGAGUGUCCAGGCCUCCUGCUUAUUUGGUCCUGCUGGUCUUGGAGUCACCAGUGCAAACUGGUUGUUCUGUAGCAUGGCGUUGGUUUCACUAGCUUAAAUCUCAGUGCCACAGUUCCCUGGAAAGUCAUCACCAUGGGUAGGAAAAACUUUACUACAGGGAAGAGUCGAGUUUUCUAUGGUUUCGUCUGUGCUUACUGGGAGAGGUGACAGAAUUAUAGAAUCUUAGAGUCAUAGAAUCAUGGAAUCAUUCGGGUUGGAAGGAACUCUUAAAGGUCAUCUGGUCCAACUGCCCUGCAGCAAACGGACACCUAUAGCUACAUUGGGUCACUCAGAUCCCCAUCCAGACUGACCUUGAAUGUCUCUAGAGAUGGGAGAUCUCUGGGCAGGCUGAGCAAUCAGUCUGUAAUUUCUGCAAAAGACACCACUUAGGACCUCAGUUACUGCUUCAUCUGGUAUUGGUUAUUUCAGCCCUCUGUCCCACCACAGAGUCAGGGAGAUACUGAUUAUUCUUGAAAAUUUUUCACCUAUCAUAUUCUCAGAAGCCCCGUAACAGUCCAAGCACAGAUUGCACCACAGUAGACCAUCUUCAAUAAAACAAGUUUCAAAGCAUUUUCUACACUACCUAUGGCUUUAUCCUAUCACAUACUGACUGAAAGCACUGCUAAACACAUUGCUGGUGGCUUCGCAAAGUUAUUUUCUAUGUCUUGGGUGGGGGUAGUGAGAUCUAGACGAUCUUUGAGGUCCCUUCCAACCCAAGCCAUUCUAUCACUCUGUGACUCUAUUCUAUAAUUCCUCCCGCCUUGUAGAGAAAAAUUCCCAUUCAGCAGAGAGGCAGAGCCCACUGGUAAUUAGUAAAAAACAUAAGGAGAAACUGGAAUGAGCAUUUGCAGAGAAAGAGUAGAAAAGGAGAACUUCCAAGUGUGAAACAGGGACACUUUGGAUUACGUUGGCGGAGGAGGCUCUGAACAGGAACAAGUUACAUCUCAGUGUAGCAAUAGAAGCAGGGAGGAGGCCAGACUAAAAUAAGCCUGCAGUACAAAGUUGUCGUGGCACGUCUGAGAAAUCAGGGGGACGAAGGACAAAGAAUUACUUGGUGGUGAUGGCAGAUGCUCCAUCAGACUUCCCACAGAUCAGCCAGAUAGAAAAAGACUGAUUGCGCAAUCUAUCUGAAACCAACAUAUUUGCAUAAUUAACCUUAAUUUCCUCGCAGGAUUCAUUUUCCACCCGUUAUUUGAACUGUCACUCUCAGUUCCACAGUGGCUGAGACAAAGUGGUUUUAUGCACACUUCUUGAUUUCAGAAGCUCUGAUUCCUCCUUUUCUUUUGCCAGUAUUUAACAGCUGAACCAGACAACCCAAAAUCCGGGG